AUGGCUGAAAGAAGAAAUGUUCUUGCCGAGAAGCACAGACGAGGCGAAGCUGUAAGACUGGUAAGAGCAACAAUGAAAGGAAGGAGGAAGCAGUCUGCAGAUGUUGGUACAAAACUCCAAAAUCAUUCACAUCAAUCAAGACCAUCGAAAAAGAGAAAAACAACUGAACCUGAGAGCAGAAUGAUUGGUAAGACAAAAGGAAAAGCUUCUAUGCAAAGGUUUGGGAAUGCGGGUAACAAUUACCGAGUUCCUUCUUCAAUUGGACAAGUGAAAAAGAAGCAAAAAUCAAGGUUAAGAGUCUCUAAUACUUCUAGUCAUGGAAACCCUGGUCAUUUCACUGUAGGGAUGAGUUCCAUUCAUCAUUCCAAUGAUGGUCCCGUUCUAAAUUCUUAUCAACCUCAUCGGCACUUUCACCACCGAAGUGUACCUCACCAGUUUACCGGCUAUGAUAUUGGAACCACUUCAACAAUGUGUAGUGUAGAGUUUGUGGAUUUGCCAGACGGACAAUUGGGUCUUAUUAAUGCCAAAGAUUAA